AUGCACACAACUGGACCGUUGCGGCUAUGCAACUAUCGGGAUAUGGCCCCUGCUUCCUUGGCAUUUCUGGGAGUGCUCCCAACCAGUUGGCAUCGUCGUCACCAGAAGCAUCUCCAAGUCAACAGCAAAAGGCAUAAACCCAAAUUCCUCCACCAUGACGUUAAUAUCCAAGUCCAUCACUGCUUUUGGCAGUCUUUUACUCGCACAUGCGUAAGUUGGACAUUCCCCAUCGGCCGUCAGAACGAGCAAUGCGCUGACAAUUCCCCCGAUAGGUGCUACUCGGCCCAGGAGCAUUCGGCCCUGCAGUCGUUCCGAGCUGCCACCUCGGCGGCAUUGACGUCAACUCCCACCGCUGCCACAUCCCUGCCGAUAGAUAUCGCGAUCGAAACGGCUGUUGCUAUUCUGGUUAUUCUUGUCGGCCUGGUUCUCGGCACAUCCCCCCUGCGCCCGAUCCAGUGGCGCGAGUGGGCUGGGAAGAUUGAAAGGGAGGGCGAGGACGGGUUCAAGGACAACAACGGGCAGGUGAACCGGGACUACUUGGGCAAUCCGUUCGCGUACAUCGAGGGUAGGCCAAACUUUGUGGACAUUCGGAAGCAACGCAAUGAGUUUACCGAGUGGGUGAAAGGUCAGGGGCAAGAGCAAAAGUGA